GCAGAAUCCAUAACAAAUGCUACAGAAACAACAGCCAUGUCUGGUCAAGAACAAAACCCCCCCCAGACGAUCAACACAUACAUCGUGUAUGAGACCUGCCUCAUGGAGCUUUUUGAAUCAUGUCCUGUGUGCAAGCGUGUGUGUGAUGUACAAACCAGAAGGAUCGGUACAUUCAUAUCAGUGCAGCAGCUGUGCCCCCAUUGUCAGUUUACAAGAAACUGGAAUAGCCAGCCUGUUCUUGGGAGUACUCCAGUUGGAAACCUGCAGCUAUCAGUUGCAACAUAUGUCAACGGAGCAUCUUUCUACAAACUUUCAAAGGUCUUCAAAGCAAUGAAUAUGCAGCUAUGCAAAUACAACACCUUCCGAAGGCAUGCCAGGAUGUUCAUUGAGCCAGCGAUUGUUUCUUACUGGCAAAAAUCACAGGAAGGCAUGCUACAGAAGCUCCAUGCAGAGGAGAAAGUGAUAGUUGGUGGUGAUAUGAGGGCUGACUCCCCAGGCCACUCUGCAAAGUUCGGAAGCUACACUACGAUGGACCUGAAGAACAACAAAGUCGUUGACCUCCAGUUGGUUCAGAGCAAUGAGGUUGGUGGAAGCUACCACAUGGAGUUAGAGGGCCUGAAAAGGAGUCUGGAGUUGUUAAAGGAACGUGGUGUGACUCUGGACUGUAUUGUCACGGACAGACAUCUGCAAAUUCAGAAAUUCCUAAGGGAAAGCAGCAUCACCCAAUUCUUUGAUGUGUGGCACAUAGAAAAAGGGAUUUCUAAGCAACUGGAGAAGGCUGCAAAAAAGAAGGACUGCGAAAAACUUCGAGGGUGGGUGAAGAGUAUAAGAAACCACAUAUACUGGACUGCAGCAACCUCCACCACCGGGCCUGAGAGAGUGGCCAAAUGGACGUGCAGGAUAUCCACUCUCAUGAUGACCCCCUGUUCCCCAAGUGCCUUCAUCCACUGCGCAUUGCGCAAUACCAAUGGAUGGCUGCAGGCUACGUGGCCAACUUGAUGGACCUCAUCUUCGACCAAGUCUUUGUGGACCCUGCACCAUUCACACAGGAGCUUCUGAAGAUACCCAUCCCAGAGGACCUGUGUUCCCAAUAUGAGCGACCUGACAGGGAGGAGGUCAUCUCCGGGUAUGCUACUCGGUUCAAUUUGGCUGCUGUCUGAACCCAACAUAGAUAUUUCGCGGAUCAGGAAACUCUCUGCGAAUCCUGAGGACAACGCAGGCCGGAAUCACCACUCUGAUCCUGCGUCCAAGGAAGCUCCAGCACCAGCUCACAAAGCU